CUGACCGACCUUGUCUUCAUCAAGGUCACUUUGCCGGUAACAUUUCAAGAUACAUCAAGAUGGGAGACCGAACAUUCUUUGUUGGAGGAAACUGGAAGAUGAACGGCUUAAAACCCAAGAUUGAUGAAAUCAUUCAAUUCCUGAAUGCAGGACCUUUAAGUGAUAAAACUGAAGUGGUAGUGUCUCCACCAACUAUCUACCUGGAUUAUGCACGCCAGAAGCUGAACAGUAACAUUGGUGUCGCUGCACAAAACUGUUAUAAGGCUGAAUCGGGAGCUUUUACUGGUGACAUCAGCCCUGGAAUGAUCAAAGACUGUAGCUGUGAUUGGGUGAUCCUAGGCCACUCAGAGAGAAGGAAUGUGUUUGGUGAAAAUGAUGAGCUGAUCGGUGACAAGACGAAGUGUGCCCUUGCAAAUGGACUUAAUGUGAUUGCUUGUAUUGGAGAACAGUUGGAAGAGAGGGAGGCCAACCAAACAAUGGAUGUAGUGUGUAAACAGACAAAGGCUCUCAUAGAAAAAAUUGGAGAUAAUUGGGGGAAGGUGGUUCUAGCCUAUGAACCAGUGUGGGCCAUUGGCACAGGUAAAACAGCUUCACCCGAGCAGGCACAGGAAGUACACGCUGACCUGAGGAAAUGGCUUGCCAAAAAUACAUCUGAGACUAUCGCACAGAAUGUUCGCAUUAUUUAUGGAGGAUCAGUCAACGCUGCCAAUUGUAAGGAUCUAGCCGCUAAAGGGGACAUUGAUGGAUUUCUUGUUGGCGGUGCUUCUCUCAAACCGGACUUUGUGAAAAUUGUCAAUGCCAAGGAAUAACUUUUUAUCGAUACUCAUAUUGAAAUUAGGUGCUGGUUGUCUAAUGAUAGAACUGUUCUUGAGCUGUUCACUGGCAAAAAUAGCCUGGGGCUGUUGUUGCGCAUACACUAUAUAGACUACAGAAUUUGUCACCUUUGAGAUUGAAUGAGUAUGAUGCUUACAGUGCUAUGAGGAACAAACAAUUUACCUGACCAUCAGGUUGACCACAAGUCUGGUCAAACAAUGAUGGUUGUAGCUUAGCCUGCUUUGUGAAGACAUUUUCCUUGGAUAUGAAACAGUUCUCAUUAAUACUGGUAACACUCAUGACUGCAUUUUUAUUGUGUUUUAAUGCUGAAUUGUUUUAAGGUCAUAUUUUAGAAAUAUUAAGCUUUUAUAAGUGUGUUACGCUUUUUUCAAUGGAAAUUCUGCAAGCUAGCUGACAAAUCUGUUAAUAAAUCCCUCCUCAUCCCUACACAUUCUGAUUUGUAGACAUUGUUAUGUAUUUUUGUUUAUUUAUCGUAUCAAAAUGUCAUUUGUAAACAAUUAUAAAAAAAAAAUAGAAUUAAAAAAUUCCUAAAAAAUUG